AGGAAGGAGCUGAUGCAGCCCUCUAUGGUGGCGCGAACACGAUAAAGACUCUACAUCUUCGAGUAUAUUAUUACCAUUGCGAGUGAGUCGUCUUCAUCUGUUGUUCAUCUACACCAACUUGUAUUCAUAUUUUACACGACCUUGAAAAUCGAGCAUGGUAUGCCUGGAGUUUCACUCGCAUUGGGUGACGUCGAAGGGAGAGAACAAGGAGACUCUCCGUAUUCUGUUCGACGUUUUGACUGCUGAGGCGCACGUUUCCAUCGGAGCUGACAAGCACCUGACCACCGUUCUCUACACCACUACGCCGCCGGCGCGACUGGCCGGAGUGUGGGACUUGUUUCCCGGCGCGGAGGUGCGUUUGCUCGGACGCAAAAUCCAGUUGCGACAAUGCAGUUCUGCGACGAGCCGGUGGGUGGAUUAUUGGGGCAAGAAGUUGACCGAGAUUAUUUUUAAGCUGGAACAGGCGAUUAAGGAAUCGGAUCCCAUCGCCGCGAAGUCGCUAGAUGAGGGUAGUAGUACGAGAGGCGGUUCCCCAACAGCAAGCUCGACCUCGAGGAAGAAUUGCCACGGGACCAACCUGUGGCAUAUGUUGACACGGCUGCAUCGACUCCACCUACUCCUCGCCAGGACCGAACCGCAGCUGGUAUGGCGUUCUCAACUGUUACAUUCUCAACUGUUACAUUGAUUUGUGACGCAAGAAUGGGAAACGUGAAAGGGGUCACCAUGCGCGUCUUGUAUAACAGAUCUGGCAAAAAUUCUCAGCCUGUUUGGCUCAUCGAGAAUUUGUCAUCCGAAGCAGCUUGAUCGUGUCGAUUCUGAUUGUGAUUUUGCAUUACAAAUCAUGUAACAGUUGAGAAUGUAACACUUGAGAGCGCCAUAGCUGGCCUCGACGCUCCGCGUGCCGCCGGAAAUGAUCGAGAUCGAAAACCUGGCCAAGGCGAUGCAGGAGGAGGACGGCGAGGGGUGAGGAGCAGCAAACAUCAAGGGCGAAGCUGAGACGUAACAAGUGAUACAGUGUGCUGAUUGAAGAUUUCUUAUGCUUUGUUUGAUGUUCAUCUUGUACUUCAAUUUAUGUGUAUGAUUCACAACCUGUAUGGGGGGCAAGUCAUUGGGCCUCGUUUUCGAUCGUGUGAUGGUGCGAAGUGAUGUAGUUGGAAGAUGUGGCAAAUUACCGGCCCCCUCUGGUGUGUUUUGUCUUCGAAUUCGUGGCCUACUUAGUUGAUUUUCAGUCUUGUCCAUAUUCUGUACGUGUUGAGGCUGUAGUUUUUGAUUCAAGGGCGAGUCAAUAUUUCAUGAUUGAAUACGAAAAUUCGCUCGUCCGGCACGUUGUUCCUGCUUUGAUAAAAUCGACGCCCAUGAAUGUUCAAACCAGCUCCCAGUCCCGUCAUGUUAUACCACUAGCCAUUAGUUUUAGCGCCAGUACCACGCCCACCACGCUCAGUCAUGAUUCAAUUGUAAUAGCAGAUCUCAUCGUGUACGUCUUGCCAGAGCAAAAUUUUCACUAUGAUCUAUUCUUUCGAAC